CGUAUACACAGAUCAGUGGACGCUUUGCACACUUGAUCACUCAAUCGCUGCACAUUCUGCUGCAAUCGGUUGCGGAUCUGACGCUGCAUCUGCCGCUGGGAUCACCGCUGCAGCGGGUGGCGAUUCAAUGCUUUGGCAUACGCUUCCGGCAGGCCGAUCAUCAGUUCCUGCAUAGUUCACAUGUGUUUGGCAACAUCUCGAAGAUCCUGUCCAAGUCCGAUGAGCAGAACGAUGCCAUGGCCAUGUCCACAAUGCUGGCAGCCACUGGUAACGAGAUCCACUGCGAUGCCGAGCAUAAUAUUGCCACAGCUAGCAAUCAGCUCAACCCCUCGAGCAGUGUGCCGGGUGCCAAAGUCAUUUGCUACACCGAUUUGGCUGGCAUGUUCGAGGUGACGGUCUCGUCGCGUCCCGCCAUGGCUGAGUCCCUUACGGACAAUUCGACAGAGACGUUCUGGGAGAGCGACGAGGAGGAUCGCAACAAAUGCAAGAUCAUUGAGCUCUCAAUGAGCAAGCUUAGCUAUGCCUGCAAAUUUGUGCUCGUGCACAUCGACAACAGCCGCGACAUUCAGAACAAGGUGCUGAAUGUGGUGUUUUAUGCCGGCCAAUCGCUCGGCGAUACCAAUCUGAUCAAAUCAGUGGAUGUGGAUCAAAAGGCAUGCGUUUGGAUUGCGGCCAAAAUCAGCGACGAGAGCUCCACACAUUUUCGCCUCGAGCUCCACGGACCGGAGAACACACUGCGGGUGCGUCAAAUCAAGCUGCUGGGACUGCCAAGUGGACAACAACAACAACAAGGAGCAGCUGGUGCUGCUGUUGCUGGCGAAGAGUUGCUGGCGGAGCAUCGCUCCAAUCUGCGCAUGUCACACGCAGCACGCAUUCAACAGCAAAUCUGCGAGGCGGAAACACUGCGGGUCUUCCGUCUCAUCACCGGCCAGGUCUUUGGCAAGCUGAUCAGCAAUGUGAACGAUGCGGUCACAGCCACUGGCGGGGGAGCGGGCGGAGCUGCUGGCUCCUCUUCGGUUCUGGACGGUGGUGGCAACUCCAUGCUGGCGGACUCACUUGAUCUCCGGGAACACAUGGUCGGCAUACUGUUCUCGCGCAGCAAACUGUCGCAUCUGCAGAAGCAGGUGAUUGUGCACAUUGUGCACGCCAUCAAGAAGGAGGCGCAACGGGCCAAGGAGGACUGGGAGCUGGCCAAUUUGGCACAUGUGCUCAAGCAUCAGCCGGCACAACAAACAGCCGCAGCACCUCAGUCAGCGACCACUGGCGUUUCAGCGCUCAUCUCCAGCGACAGCAGCUCGGAACGCAGUCGCGCCCCGGACACCUAUUGCUUUGAGAUGCUCAGCAUGGUGCUGGCGCUCUCCGGCAGCGUGGUUGGUCGCUCCUAUCUGUCGCAACAGUACGGUCUGCUGCGGGAUCUGCUCGGUUUGCUGCACACGGGCAGCGAUCGAGUGCAGCGUCAGGUGACGGCGCUGUUGCGUCGCAUACUUCCCGAAAUAACCCCGGAGAGUUUCGCCGAGCUGCUCGGCGUGCAGCGGCUGCCACCGGCGGACUACAGCAUCGCGCAUCAGAGUGCCAGCGACUUUGACAUGAGUCGCUUGGGGCUGCUCGACAUUUUCCUGGCCGUUAUUGCCAAGUCACUGCAGUUGCAGGUCAAGGUAAAGACAACGUCGGCCAAUGCAGCUGGCGGCGUGACGGUGCCAAGUGGCGGCAACACAACGGCUGGCGGAAACAUCGGAACGGCAACAGCGAAGUCGGGACAGCUGGAGAAGACGCCGGCAUUUGUGCGUCUCUGCAGUUCGUUGGAUCUGUCCGUGCAACUGUUGCGUGCACGUCCCACAACAGCGGAGCAAUUGGCGACCGCCUCAUCGACUGCCUCAUCAACGGCGCCCGGUGGCAGCGAUCCCUUUCGCUUUGAUGCGGCGCCCGUGAAGAAGGAGUCCAAACGGAAUCUGAAUCAACGCUGGUUCCUCAACGGUAUCAUCUCCACCAAACAGGCGGAGAGCAUCAUUGGCCUCAUACGGGAUUUGGCAAGCGGCAAGCUGAGCGAGAAGUGGUCACAGAUCACCAAGGCGGCCAUUGCCGAGUCAGUGUUGAAUUUAACACGCCUCGAGGAGAUCUAUCGCACGCCGGAGCAUUGCACAAAGACGGCAACAUUGUGGCUGGCGUUGGCCAGUCUCUGUGUGCUGGAGCGUGAUCACGUCGAGAAACUCUCCUCGGGCCAAUGGUCAAAGCUCUGCGACACGCGUCCCAUGUGCAGCAAUCACGACGAUGGCGAAACAGCGGCGAUCAUACAAUGCGAGACCUGCGGUUCGCUUUGCGGCGACUGCGAUCGCUUUUUGCACUUGAAUCGCAAGACGCGUUCACAUAAGCGCACGGUGUGCAAGGAGGAGGAGGAGGCGAUACGCGUGGAGCUGCAUGAAUCGUGCGGUCGCACCAAACUCUUUUGGCUCUUGGCCCUGGCCGACUCAAAGACCCUGAAGGCGAUGGUCGAGUUUCGCGAUGGCAGCCACACGAUCAUUUCGGGGCCACAGGAGGCAGUCGGACGGUGUCGCUUCUGCGGCCUCACUGGCAACUCGGGUCUGCUGGAGAUUGGCAACGUGUGCGCCGAUGCCCAAUGCCAGGAGUAUGCGGCCAAUUCCUGCCUGAAAACAAAGCCCUGCGGUCAUGCCUGCGGCGGCGUUGCAGGCGAACGCAAGUGCUUGCCCUGUCUGCAGCAUGUGUGCCAUGCACGCGAGAAUGAGCUGGCCGAGGAGCUGCGCGAUCCGAAACUAACCCAAGAUGCCGAUGACAUGUGCAUGAUCUGCUUCGUUGAGGCGCUCUCGUGUGCGCCCUCCAUACACUUGGAGUGCGGUCAUGUGUUUCACUUUCAUUGCUGCAAGGCGGUGCUGGAGAAACGCUGGAGCGGACCACGUAUCACGUUUGGCUUCUCGCUGUGCCCCAUCUGCAAGGCGGACAUACAGCAUCCAUUGCUGGCCGACAUUCUGGAGCCCAUCAAUGGACUCAAGCAAGACGUCAAACGCAAGGCGAUCAUGCGCAUUAAGUACGAGGGUGUGGUCAAGGAUACGGAUAGCAAAGAUGUCACCCAACUGGCCAUGGAUCGUUAUGCGUAUUACGUGUGCUUCAAGUGCCAGAAGGCAUACUAUGGCGGCGAGGCGCGUUGCGAUGCUGAGAUCGGUGAGAAAUUCGAUCCGGAGGAGCUCGUCUGUGGCGGCUGCUCGGAUGUGGCCCGGGCACAAAUGUGCCCCAAACAUGGCACCGAUUUCCUCGAGUACAAGUGUCGCUACUGCUGCUCGGUGGCCGUGUUCUUUUGCUUUGGCACCACGCACUUUUGCGACACGUGCCACGAUGACUUUCAGCGUCUCACGAACAUACCGAAGAAUAAGUUGCCACAGUGUCCCGCCGGACCGAAGGCCAAGCAGCUGCUUGGAGACGAGUGUCCGCUGCAUGUGAUGCAUCCCCCGACUGGUGAGGAGUUUGCCCUGGGCUGUGGCGUCUGUCGCAAUGCGCAAACAUUCUAGCAACUCCGUUUGAAAUUGCAUCUGCCGCUGCAGUUGCGAACCGAUGACGACGACGAGGAGGAUGAUGAUGAAGCUGAGGCUGAAGCUGAGGCUGAGGCUGAGGAGAAGCAGCAGCAAGUAGAGGAUGAUGAUGAUGUCGUUGUGGAGGAUGUGGAGGCGCUGCGCAGUAUUGGCGACGGCGCCGAGGGGCAACGUAUGAACAAUUAGAACAAACCCAUAAAGAAACCCCCACAUACCGACUAUAUAUAAAUACAUAUAUAUAUAGCAAAGAAUAGGCAUCAUGAUAAAUAAAAUAUGCUUACAAUACAAAUAAUUGUAAAUUAAUGUUUUUUGUUCAUCAUUUUUUUUUUUAUUGUCUUAAUAUAAAUGUCAUACGAGAGAUGCAAUUUUUAGCUAUAUGUGUACUUGACUAUAUGAUUGUUUAUUUAUUUAUUUAUUUAUUUCUUUAUAUAAUUCUAAUUGUAAUUGUAACUCUAAUUGUAAUUGUAAUUGUAAUCAAUUAACUGCAUUUUUUUUUUGGGCGAGAGAACAAAUCUCUUUUGUACACACAUGCAUAGUUAGCACACACACACACACACACACACACACGUCCACACUUGGAUACACACCAACACACACACACUCACAUAACUUAUUCUUAAGUAGGUUUGAUAUUCGGAAACGGAAAUGGAAGCGAAAGCGAAUGCGACAAAAUGAUAGGCAAUGUUAGGAUCUCAUCAAGAUGAUUAAUUAUACGUAGAUGUGAAUUGAUUGAUAACAUGAAAUACUUUUAAAAUGUAUGAGAGAAAUGAAAGUUUAUGCAAUUUGCAAUAUUAUUUUUAAUACUCACUAGAAACGACAACAAAAUGAACCACAAAAGCAAAUUCACUUUAUUGUUUCGAAACCAUGCGAAAAAUAAUGCAAAUUAUGCAGCAACCAUGUAAUAACUAAAAUAUAUUUAUUAUAAAUGUGGCAAAAAGAGGAAAUCAAAACACAAAAAAACACACACACACA